AUAUAUUACAAACCAGAGUGAAGAGACAAAAUGUGGAUGGAACUGUAUUUAUAAUUCUCAAACAAGCCUUGUGUAAAAUUAAGCCAUAUAUAAAAAGAUAUAAAAAAUUAAAUAGUUUUUUUAUUUCUCCUAAACAAAAUGAAAAAUUAGAAGAAGCACAACCUUCAGCCAACCAAGAUUCACCUAAUUUGAAUUCAUCUGAACUGACCUCUGAUAAAGAAACAGAUGAAACAACAACUCAUAUUCCUUUAAAAAUCUUAAGAACCAUUAAUGAAUAUAAUACCCGGUGGGGGUCUUCUUUGGCUUCUUGGAAACGAUUAAAAGAAUUAAAAGAUCCCAUAAAACAACUUUUUCAACUAAUUGAAGAAGCAACAGAAUGGCUUAGUGGUCAAAAAUAUAGCACAUUAUCACUAAUAUAUCCUACUAUACAAGUUCUAAAAUACGACUAUAUUGUAAUUGAAGAAAAUAAUGAAAUUGAGUCAACAAGAGAAGAUUUGGAUCAGGAAGAAGAAAAGAUUGAAGAAGAAACCAAAGAAGAAACUGAGGAAGAAACCGAAGAGGAAACUGAGGAAGAAUCUGAUAAUAACAUUAAUAGACCAAAUAUUAUUAAAAUUGUUAAUUUGGUUAAAAAUACAAUUUAUGACGCUCUCUGUAAUUAUUUUGAUUCUUCACCAAAUUCAGUCUUACUUGCGAGUAUUUUGGAUUCUAUAUUCAAAAAAAUGAAAAAUUGGCCAGAAGAAAAAAAAGAAAAAGCAAUCACUUUAUUAAGAUCUGAAUACACUCUUUUUAAAGAUGAGGAACUUCCAAAUAAUAAAAAAACAAAUAGCAAUUUUAAAUUACGUCUGUUUGAAGAAGAAGAAGAGAUUAUUAAUGAGGAUGAAAUUGAUUCUUACCUUGAUAAAUUUCGGACACCACAAGCUAAUAGUGAUGAAGAUCCAUUUAAAUAG